AUGACGCAGGAAGCAGGCGACAUGGCCAUCCCUACACUCGACAUGGUCAAGCUGAUAAGCGCUGAAGGCCACGAGAUUUACAUUAGCAGAAAGUGUGCAAUGGUGUCGGGAACGAUACGUGCGAUGCUGAGUGGCCACUUCACCGAGAGCAAGGGCGAGAUCACAUUCCCAGACAUUAGUGCCCCCAUCCUGGAAAAGGUGUCGCAGUACAUGUACUACAAGACACAAUAUUCGGACAGCACAUCACGUUUACCUGACUUUGCCAUUGAACCGGAGAUUGCCAUGGAGCUGCUCAUGGCGGCCAAUUACCUCGAUUGCUAA